UUCUUCUUUUGUUUUAGGAACCCAGGCGUCAAUCGGGGUGGCGGGCCCUCGGGAAUCGGGCCGCGCCGGCCUCGGACCGGCGGCCCGCCCAGCCCGCGGGGCUCCUGGCCACUCCGGCGGGCGCUCGCGCGGCGCGCCGCCCAACCCGCUUUCCCGGAAGGGCGGGCGCGCUGGGCUCGCCGCGCUGCCUUCCACCGGCGAGGCGGGUAAUCAUGGCAGCUGAUGAAGAUAACAAAAAAGUUCUUAAGGAGCCUUGGUCAGAUGAAGGAUUUAUGAAAAAUGAACAAAGAGAGAGAUUAAUUGAUGAAAUUGCAAAGGAAAAUAUUCAGUUAAAGGAGGAGAUCCAAAGGCUUGAAGCUGAGUUACAAGAGGCCACCAUAAACUCCCAGAUUAAAGAGAAUAUUCCUGAAACAAAGGUGAAAUUCACAUCUUUAGAGAAUCCUGAGAAUGACAGCCAGUUUUUAAAUAUCUCCUGUUCAUUUCAAGUGAGCUCGCAAGUUCCUUAUGAGCUACAGAAAGGACAAGCUCUUAUCACCUUUGAAAAAGAAGAAGUUGCCCAAAACAUCAUCAGGAUGGGGAAGCAUUAUGUGAAGAUAAAGGAUGUAGAUGUGGAGGUUUUGGCCAAGCCAGUUCCAUUAAAUUCAGGAGUCAGAUUCCAGGUUCAUGAAGAAUACUCUACAGUGAAGAUCAAUGUUACUGACAUUCCUGAUGGAUUGCCUGAAGAUCAGAUGAGAGACAAGCUAGAACUGAGCUUUUCUAAGUCCAUAAACGGAGGCGGGGAAGUGCGAUGCGUGCAGUAUGAUAAGCAGUCCCGGAGUGCCGUGAUCACAUUUGUGGAAACUGGAGUUGCUGACAAGAUUUUGAAAAAGAAAGACUAUCCGCUUUAUAUAAAUCAAAACUGCUAUAGAGUUACUGUUUCUCCAUACACAGAAACACACUUGAAAAAUUUUCAGGUAUUUUCGGGAAUAUCGGAGAGGACGGUGCUUCUGACUGGAAUGGAAGAUCUUCAGAUGAUGGAUGAAGAACUUUUACAGGAUUUAGUUAACAUUCACUUUCAACGGAAGGCGAACGGAGGUGGAGAGGUGGAAGUGGUCAAAUGUUCUCUAGGUCAACCUUACAUCACGUACUUUGAAGAAGAGAGGAAUGGAAUGGUCUGAAUAUUAGAGCCUCUGAGCCCAAAUCACUGUCAGUUUGACAAAAAUGAAUAUCCUUUUUCCUUUAAAGAAUGAAGACUUUAAUUCUUUAGUGGCCAUUUAUUCUUAGAUACAAAAUAUAUUUCCUUGUUUUUGAAUUGUUCUUUGUUUCAAACUCUGCUGCAUGCUUAUAAAUGCAGUAAGUGCACUGCAUUAAAAACAGUUUUAUUUGUUCAUAAAUUAUGUGGCUUGGUGCCAUGUCCAUUGAAAUCAACCAUAAGUGAUGCAAUUGUCCCCCUGCUGUGUUGGCUCCUUUGGUUAUGAGCAUGUGGGCCAAUUCUCUUUUGGCCCCAAGUCCACCAAUAUGCAGACUUGACUCCUCACAUUUCCCAAAAGAAAUGUUACAUUCAGCUGUUUGUGAUUUCUGUAGGCUUUGACUUUCAAGGGACUUCAAGAGCAAUCAUUUCCCAAUUUCCCAUUAUAGCAUUUUCCUCCACAGCCCCAUAGGUAUUUUUCAGAGCUGAGUGUGGUCUUUUUACUUAAAAUUUUCUUCGCCCAGAGUGCCAAGUGUCCCGAUUCUUUCCAAAACAUCUUCUCCAAAUAGAACUUGUAAAGACCAUAAUUUUCUUUCUUUUACACUUAAGAUGGAAAGAAUGUUUAACAGAAUGACAUCCUUGGAAUAAAGGGAGAAGUAAAUGCAAAGCUAGUGGCUCAUCACUCGUCAGGCUAGAUGCUGAGGAACCCCUGAGGCUGAAAGCGGAGGAGCUGCCCUGUAGGGGCUUACCUUUUAGUUUGAGAGACGCCCAGUCCAUUAGCAUCCCACUGGUUUUAAGUUGUAGAAACUAAACAGUGAGAGGUGAGGUUCCUGUUCAGAGGAGGUAAAAUUCUCUUUGGUAAAGAACGUUGGAACAGGGGCGCCUGGGAGGCUCAGUCGUUAAGCGUCUGCCUUCGGCUCAGGUCAUGAUCCCAGGGUCCUGGGAUCGAGCCCCACAUCGGGCUCCCUGCUCUGUGGGAGGCCUGCUUCUCCCUCUCCCACUCCCCCUGCUUGUGUUCCCUCUCUCGCUGUCUCUCUCUCUCUGUCAAAUAAAUAAAUAAAAUCUUUAAAAAAAAACAAACGUUGGAACAGCGUUUAUCCUAUACGGUGUGUUCCAUAAAGAGUCAACAGCAGAAGUAAAUUCAUAUUAAAAUGCUAGCAGAAAUGAAAUGCUUUAGAAAAGAUUCUAAACCUAAACCUACCCAGUGCUGCCUGCCAUCUAAAAUAAAGGGAAAGUUAAAAAAAAAAACCCAAAAAACAACUUGGUUCGCUUCUGAUUAUUUAUUUUUAGAUUUUAAAGUUGUUAUGCUACCGUUAGAAGUACUUGUUGCAUUCACAUUUCUCUUUAGAAUGAGAGAUGGUGCCUAAAAACUGGGCACUGUAUAAUAACUCUGCAUUUUCACUGUUUUAGGGGAAAAAAUCAUAUGUCAGUUGUUCUUUGGGAACGGCAAGAUUAUUUCAAGCCCCUCAAAAGAUUAAGAAAAAUUUAAAGAACCUAUUUAAUUUUGAUUGGUACGGCUUCACUGACACGGAAGGUGUCAUUUUUAGUCGGUGGCAGACUGCCAAUCAGGAAGAAUUUUUUCCUAACAUUUGGGACAAGGUUUGAAAUAGUCACUUUUGUUUCCUCUGGGGGCCUUCUUCAGGCCGUAAAAUAGAUAAUCUCAUUCAAUUCUAAAUAUACACAAUGGUUUUUUUAAUAAAUACUACUUAUUGUAGAAAAUGAGACUUUUCCCUCAGGCUCCUUUCACCAUUCCGCCCUUGUGUGAUCUGGCGAGGUCUCAGAAAUCAAGCACUGGCUACCCUGCUUAUUUCUAGAGUUUUAGAGAUUUUGUAGGAGCAAAGUUGCCUUUGAAAAUUUACCAGAAGAUACUGUGUUGACUACUGCAUAUUAAGUUCGAAAGCCUAGACAUUGUCAGCCUAUAAGUCAGGAAAGAUGAAUAUGUAGAAUCACAAGUCCCUCUUGCCCUUUGUGGACUUAUCAGUCAAGAUAGCCUAGGCUGUGCUGUAAUGACAACCUCCUGAAUCUCAGGGGCCUAACAAAACAAAAGUUUAAUUCUCAUUCAUGUUGAAUGUCCAACACAGGUUGGGAGGGGAGUCUUUUUGUCCCAAUCACUUAAGGCCCCAUCUUGAGACACACUUCCAGAAACAUGGAGGUGUGGAAAAAUGAAGUCUGCAGAGUCUUGCACCAGGAAUUAAAUGCUGUAAUUUAGAAGUGACGAUGUCUUUUGUCUCACAUCUCAUUGGCCAGAAAUAGUCAUCUGACCUCAUUUAAACAAAAAGGGACUGGAAAAUUCGGUCUUGUAAAAAUGAGGAGAACCAGAUACAGUUGAGCCAGAAUAUUAAUGAAUGUAGUCUUUCCUGUCCUACUGAUCAUCAAUAUUUGGAUCACUCUUCUUCAUACGCAAAACACACACUCACCCAUACUAGUGUGGAAAAACCAAAAGUUCCAUUAAGUCGUGGUAUCAAACUCAAAGUGCGUGAACUCUAGGUGGUACGUGGUAGUUUCUAUAUCAAGUCUGAAUGUUACUCCCCUUUAUCCAGAGACCCCCACCCCAUGGUAGAUAGUAGUGGAACUGGAACAAGAGAACUGCAAUAAACUUGAAUUUGGAAAAGGGGAUGAAUGGGAGACGUGUAUUCUGGGCCAAAGCCAUUCUGAAAUCUCGCUGAGUAGAUAUAUGCUUCAUACACCUUGAGUGUGGAAUUUUGGGUAAGCCAUGAUUCCACUCUGGAAAUUCUUCUCUUGCUCAUUGUCUGUGUAGCUCCUGGGCAUUCUUCUUUUUCCAUUAUUCUCCUUUUCCGUAUCUAGAAUAUAUCUUCUUGGAGGCUGAAAACCUUAUUCAUUCAGCACACUAUCUAUGAUCAAUGUUUGGUACCAAAAUUUUUAAAGUUUUGAGUCAUCACAGUCUCUUUACUCUGGCUGGUAGCUAGUUAGCUGUUACACUUCAAAAGCUUAAUAGGCUUCUAAUCUAUUUUAUUUUGGUCAGUUUACAUGUGCUAAUAGCCAGAUUGACAGUUUUUUCUAGACUCACUUUUUAGAGUUGCUAUAAUUCUCUGCUUUCUUGGUCCUAUUCUUCUCUCCCUCUCUUUACUUAAUUGUAGGUACUUUAGUCUAUCAGACCACUUUUAGUUUCUUUUCUCUGAGCCAGUUUGUCUAACUGAAAGGGUUUAUUGAAUUCUGUUUUGAAUUACUGUUUUUUUGUUGUUGUUGUUCUGAGGGACCUUAAUCUGUUCAGAGAUCCAAAGCUUGAUUUGAUUAUUGAUUUGAUCCUUGCAAUAAAGCAGAGUUCUAAUCAGCCUUUGUUACUCAAAGGUUUUGUCAUUUGAGAAUGAGGAGUAUUGUUUCUUCCAUCCUAUAAAUUCCCAUAUUUCUGUAUUUCUCUAUUCCCUUUCAUUUUGGCUUUCCAACUGGCCGAUUCUUUUCUAAGCUCAUUCCUUUUUUAUAUUACUUUGUCAAAUGCACUCAAUAGUAACAGACAUAUGCUACUAAUUUUGUUUUUCACACCCUUUUUAAAAAAAACUACAAGCUAAUUAGGUACAUUAUCUGCCUUCCAAGCUAUCACAUGUGACAGUUUUACCAAAUGUUUUUCCGCUACAUAAUAUGGAUCACCAUCCUUCUAAUCUCUGAUAAUUAUUUUCUAAUUACCUGCCCCUAAACCAAAGCCAUGUAUUUUAGAUUGUGUUGGGGAUUGUCUUUUUUUUUUUUUUCUUUUGACUAUAGCAAUGCUCCAGAAUACCAGUUCUGUAUCAAUCAAGAUAGAUUAUAUGAUGUCGGUAUGGCAAAUUAUCUCUAAAUUUCGGAGACCAAAACAACAAAAUUUUACUCCUUGGUCAUGCUACACGUCCAUGAUGGGUCAACAAAAAGAAUGCUCAGGGUAGACACUUAGAGGGACGCAGACUAACAAGCAACCACAAACUUUUUUUUUUUUUUAAAGAUUUUAUUUAUUUAUUUGACAGAGAGAGACACAGCGAGAGAGGAAACACAAGCAGGGGGAGUGGGAGAGGGAGAAGCAGGCUUCCCGCAGAGCAGGGAGCCCGACACGGAGCUCGAUCCCAGGACCUUGGGAUCAUGACCUGAGCCGAAAGCAGACGCUUAACGACUGAGCCACCCAGGCGUCCCACUUUUUUUUUUUUUAAAGAUUUAUUUAUUUCAGAGAGAGACCGCAUGAGUGGGAGGGGCAGAGGGAGAGAGAAUCCCAAGUAGACUCCCUGCUCAGCAAGAGCCUGAUGCAGGACUCCAUCUCAAGACCAUGAGAUCCACCUGAGUGGAAAUCUAGAGUCAGAGGCUUAACUGACUGCACCACCCAAGUGCCCCAGCAGCCAUCAACUUUAUUGCUGGAUAUCAUGCCAAAGGAAAAGAGCUUCGAAGGGUCUUGAAAUAGCAAUUAAAUUCUUGGUCCAGAAAUGUCCUUUUCAUUCACAACUCAACCAGAACUAAGUAUGUGGCCCCACCCAAUGAUAAAGGAGCUUGGAUAUUCAAUCCUACCACAUGCUUGGAAGGCAGAAAGCCAAAACUGUACAAUGAAUAGCAUUAAUGAUAUCUGGUUGGUAUUGAAAAAAAAGAUGCUCAUUCUCGAAAGAUACACAAACUAUAAUGAAGAUAAUAGUCAUCAAAGAUCCACACCCAGGGGCACCUGGGUGGCUCAGUCAGUCAAGCGUCUGCCUUCAGCUCAGAUCAUGAUCCCAGAGUCCUGGGAUCGAGUCCCAAAUCGGGCUCUCUGCUCAGCGGGGAGCCUGCUUCUCCCUCUCCCUCUAUCUACCGCUCUGCCUACUUGUGCUCUCUCUGUCAAAUAAAUAAAUAAAAUCUUUAAAAAAAAUCCACACCCAGAUAGUGGUAACAUUUUUAAGUCCUCCUUUCCAAUUUUUUCUCCCAAUCAUGUAUCACAUUUCAUUUUGUGAAUAUAAACUAUUUCUAGGGUUAUUAUUUCUCUAUUGUAGGACAUUAAGAUUGUUUCCAAUUUUUCACAUUUAUAGGUGCUAUGAUGUAUAUAAACCGUUUUAUAUCCUGGAAUACAAAUCUUUUUCUGCAAGUUUAAUCUUAUUUCAAGGUGAUAAUCACUAGGUUGAUAGGGUGAAGGAUACAAAUUCUUUUUAAGGAUCUUGAUACGUAUGGCUACAGUUGCUUUCCAGAAAGGUAGGCAUCAGUGUGUACUUUUUUUUUUUUUUUAAGAUUUUAUUUAUUCACUUGACAGAGAGAGACAGCGAGAGAGGGAACACAAGCAGGGGGAGCGGGAGAGGGAGAAGCAGGCUUCCCGCCGAGCAGGGAGCCCGAUGUGGGGCUGGAUCCCAGGACCCUAGGAUCAUGGCCUGAGCCGAAGGCAGAGGCUUAACGACUGAGCCACCCAGGCACCCCUCAGUACUUUUAUUAUAAGUACAAUAAGGACUAUUUCAUCGUUCCCUUUCAGCAUUGAGUACUAUUCCUUUAAAAAUGAUUUUCUUCUUAUGCUAUUUUUAGAAAUCUUCACAAUAUAUGCCACAUCUUAUGAAAUUAAAUAAUUAACAAGAUACAGGUGAAAUAUCCAGUAAUAGGUUUUAUUUUUGUUUUUUUGGUAUCACAAAUUAAAAACACCCAGGAAAAUGUCAAUUUGAUUUUACUUAAGCUAUGAUUCAGAGCAAAGUACAGUGAGAUGGGAGGCCUCAUAACUGGGGCUGUAAGAGAUUAAAAUAUUUUUUUGGAUGCAGUUUCAGUAAUAAGCUGCUAGAAUUAUUUUGACCACAUUUGGAGUCAUGUUUCCUCAAGGAUUGUUUGGCACAUUAGGGGAAGACAAAAGUUUUCCUUAACCCUCCUAGGGUCCCUGGCUGGGCCUGAAUAUUAAACUGAUACAACCAAAUUAACAGGAGAAAAGCACAGAAAUUUAUUUACUAUAAAUUUUAUGUGAUAUGGGAGCCUGCAUAAGGAGAUGAAGACCCAAAGAAAUACUUAAACCUGAGGGUUUCUGUGCUAAAGUUGAUGAAAAGUAUAAAGUCAUAAAAAGUUGGAGAUGAUAGGACAAAGAGUGUUAGUUAAGUGUAAUAAACAAAGGGAAACAGCAAGACCUUUUCAUUCAGAUUCCUUUUUGUGUCCUUUUGUCUUUGGAGAUAAGGCUAUUCCUUUCUUCUGGAUACAGGGAGGAAUGAGGGUUACAUAAAACACAGGACGGUUUUAUAACCUGCUUCAGGGGAAUGUCAGAAAGUCCUUCUUGCACAUGUCCUUUCUCUUAUUCCCCCAGUUUGAAAUACACAGUAUGCCAAAUGGCCAUAUUUUGGGGGUAGCAUUGUCCUGCACCCUGUCAGCAUGUACAAGCUGGAAUCGUUGGGGCAUACAAGUCAGGUUCCAUGGCACAUAUGGGUAGACCUGCCUUCCUGAGUCUAAUCCUAGAUCUCUUGUUAUUCCCUGGAGAGAGUCCCAGCUUGGAUCAUGGUGCUCAUGUCCAUUUACAGUUAAUCUUUGUUCCCACCUCCAGCCCAAGGCACCUCUUUUCUGCUUUCUCUUUUCAUAUGUUUGUCUUUUCUGGUUAAACAGAAGUAUACAACAUGUGACCUUUUGUGUCUGGUUUUUUUGCUUUGCUUGAUGUUUUUGAGCUUCAUCUUUGUAUCAUGUAUUAGUAUUUCAUUCCUUUUUAUUACUGAGUAGUAUUACAUUGUGUGUAUAUACUGCAUUUUGUUUAUACUUCGAGCAAUUGAUGGUCAUUUGGGUUAUUUCUGCUUCUUGGCUAUUAUAUAUAAUGUUGUUAUGAACACUGGCAGUCUUAGUUUGGACAUAUGUUUUCAUUUUUCUUGGGUAGUUAUCUAGGAGUGAAAUUUCCUGGUCAUGUGGUAAAUUUAUGCUUAACUUUUUGAGAAACUGCUAAACUGUUUUAAAAGAUGGCUGUAACAUUUUACUUUCCCAUCAGCAAUGUAUGAGAGUUCUCCUUUCUCCACAUUCUUGACAACAUGUUAUUAUCUUUUUGAUUAUAGCCAUUUGUGGAGUGGUAUGUCAUUGUGGUUUUAAUUUGUAUCUCUUUAAUGACUAAUGAUGCUGAGUAUAUUUUCAUGAGCAUAUUAUCCGUUCAUGUGUCUUCUUUGAAAAAUGUUUAUUUGAUUUUUUGUCCAUUUUUAAGUUGGAUUGUCUUAUUUUUGUGUUGUAAUAGUUCUUUGUAUAAUGUAGAUACAAAUCUUUUAUUAGAUGUGUAAUUUGCAAA